AUGGAUGCGUUGCGCAGCAGUGAUGACAGUGCCGUCGAAGCCUUCGAAAAGGAAGGUAUGCUCUCUCGGUCUCGCCCGGGUGGCCAACAGCAUCGUCCCGAUGCCCAGAGCACUGCAGCUAGCUCUAAUGAUUCCAACCAGCCGCAUGAGGCUGAUUCGUGCUAUCCUUGUGUUUUCUUUGCCAGCCCUGCUGGCUGUCGGAGGGAGGCCUGUCCGUACUGCCACAUUCACCGAGACAAGUUAGAGGCCAACCCCCAGAGGCCAGGUAAGCAGAUCCGCAUGCGGCUGAAAAGGACUAUGCAUAGUCUCCUGCAAUCACGGGAGACCUCUCCAGACAGGGCCCACGAUGAGUUACAGCGCUGGGUCCGAGGCAGCUGUUUCGCGCGAAACCUUUUGGCAGGACACCUGGACAGAGAAGGGGUUGCACGACCUCGUGGUUCGGACGCGGCCUCUUCUAGUACGGAUUUGGGACAAGUUCCAGACGAGAAGCUUGCAGCUUUUCUGAAAGGUCAGCCAUUGUCUCUGUAG